GGCACCUCUCCCGCUCCGGCCCCGCUCCUCCCCGGCCCCCAGCACCGCCCCUGCUCUUCCCGGGACCCGGCGGCAGGAAGGAGGAAGGAGGGAGAGCGACCGGCUCGGGCUCUGCCACCCCCCUCGGCACGAAAUAAGAUGAACAAGAUGAAAAACUUCAAGCGGAGGUUUUCCCUCUCGGUUCCACGGACGGAGACCAUCGAGGAGUCACUGACGGAGUUCACGGAGCAGUUCAACCAGCUCAACAACCGGAGGAAUGAAGACCUGGCUCAAGGGCACCUGCAACUGGGACACCUGGGCAGGGACUUCCGAGCAGACACCAGCCCCAUCUCCCCCCCCGAGGUGGAGGGCCAGUCCCCAACAGCCGUGCGCUACCGCAACAGCAACCAGCGCCGCUUCUCCACGGAGGAUGUCAGCAAGAGGCUCUCCCUGCCCAUGGACAUCCGCCUGCCCCCCGAGUUCUUGCAGAAGCUGCAGAUGGAGAGCCCGGAGUUCCCCAAGCACCUCAGCAGGAUGUCCCGACGGGCCUCCCUCUCAGAUAUUGGGUUCGGGAAGCUGGAAACUUACGUUAAACUGGAUAAACUGGGAGAGGGCACUUAUGCCACUGUCUUCAAGGGGCGCAGCAAGCUGACUGAGAACCUGGUUGCCCUGAAGGAAAUCCGCCUGGAGCACGAGGAAGGGGCACCUUGCACGGCCAUCCGGGAAGUGUCGCUGCUGAAGAACCUGAAACACGCCAACAUCGUGACCCUGCACGACAUCAUCCACACGGAGCGCUCCCUCACCCUCGUCUUCGAGUACCUGGACAAUGAUCUCAAGCAGUACCUCGACAACUGUGGGAACCUGAUGAGCGUACACAAUGUGAAGAUCUUCAUGUUCCAGCUGCUGCGUGGUCUAGCUUACUGCCAUGGGAGGAAGAUCCUGCACCGAGACCUCAAACCCCAGAACCUGCUCAUCAACGAGAGAGGAGAGCUCAAGCUGGCCGACUUUGGCCUAGCCAGAGCCAAGUCAGUCCCCACCAAAACGUACUCCAACGAGGUGGUCACGCUGUGGUACCGGCCCCCCGAUGUCCUGCUGGGAUCUACUGAGUACUCCACACCCAUCGACAUGUGGGGCGUUGGGUGCAUCCACUACGAGAUGGUGACCGGGCGGCCCAUGUUCCCCGGCUCCACGGUGAAGGAAGAGCUGCAUCUGAUCUUUAGGCUGCUGGGAACCCCAACAGAAGACACCUGGCCUGGAAUAACAUCCAACGCUGAGUUUAAGGCUUACAAUUUCAUGCAGUACCGAGCUCAGCCGUUGAUCAAUCAUGCCCCAAGGCUGGAUUCAGAAGGCAUUGACUUGCUGAUGAACCUCCUUCUGUUCGAGGCCAAGGGGCGGAUCUCGGCCGAGGCAGCUCUGAGACACCCCUACUUCAAGAGCCUGGGAGAGCGGGUGCAUCUCCUGCCUGACAAUGCCUCCAUCUUCUCCCUGAAGGAGAUCCAGCUUCACAAGGACCCUGGCCACCGAGGCUCAGUCUUUCAGCAGUCAGCCCGAGGGAAGAACAGGAGGCAGAGUAUAUUUUAAACUUGGAUUUCGUGUUCCUCUUGUCACCAUGGAGAUCAAAGCACUGAGACAGGAGACAGCGACACGCUCCCACCUGACCCACCGUGGAAUUACUGACUCGAGCAGGACGAUGCUGAAGCCCUUGGCUGCAGGCUCUCCCCUGCCCAUCCCCACAACCACAGCCCCUGGCAGCUGCCCUUGAUGGACCCGUGGCCUUUUUUUCCCCUCUUGUCUUUUUCGUGUUGCUCCCAUCAGAUGUGAGCUGCCACCCUCUGUGCAGGAGGAGCUGUGCUGGGCACUGCCUGGGAUCCUGUGCUGCCCCCGGGAGCCACUCACUGCCCAUGGGGAGGUUUUGUGAGCAGAGGGUGGUAUCUCCAAAGCUGGGCUGUGGAUUGCAGGGUUUGGCCCAGACCGGCAUUUCUGAAAAUGUACCUUUGCUCAGACAACCUGCUCUGCUCUCUGUGUUUCCUGGGGAGACACUUUGCAGCUACGUUACAAGUUGGGGGCAUGACCCAGCCUGGUACUGGAGAGACUGCAUCCGAAACACAAAACCCAGGGCAGCCCUUCCUUGCCUCUGCCUACGUAACCCCUCUUUCUUUCCUCAUCUUUGGUACCUGAAUCCCAACAAGGAUGGGGCAGCUGGCAGGCAGGGGCUUCCCAUUGCUUCCCUCAGCAUCUCCCCCUCCUUGCCCCCAUGUGUGUUUCCAAACUCAGUCACCUGGCUGCUCCCAGGGAUGUCCUGAGCUGAGAGCAAAGGGUUCAACCUGCCUGGGGGGCAGGUGCCUGAUUGUAGGGGCUGUUCAGAAGCAGGGCCUUGGCUUUGUGCUGCCUCCCGUUGCUGCUCUGUGCCCUCAGCCCUCUCUGCCAUCGUCACAAGGGGCAGGACAUGGUUCCCAGCUGGUGUCUCAGGAGCACAUCUCCCCCCACGUCCCGUGGCUGAGCCCUGCACAACGUGGCAGAGCCCAAGCUGUGCAGGCAGCCUCUCCCAGCCAAAGUGUUGCACACACCCACCUCAGUGCAUUUCUACCCAGAGGAAGGGGGAGAGGUGCCAAACCUCCCACAGCUCAGCUGUGAGGACCAGAAAUAGACCCAGAGAGAAGCAAAUCAUCCCUCAGACCUCUUUGCCUGGCCUCUACGUUUGCAGCCAACAGCAGAUCAUACCAGCUCUGGCUCAGAUCGAUGCUGUGGGACUGAGGUGCCUGCUUAGAUCUGAGCAUCCUUGGCUGGCCGAGGACUGACUGCUCCUGGUGUCUCUUCCCCUCCAUACGCUGCAGGAACGUGCCAAAUCCAUCCUGAGUGAAGAGGCCCUGCUGCACCUCUCCCCUGCAGUCUGCAAAACAGCCUGAAACGUCUUCAAGUGUGUGAGCAUUGCAAGUCUCUCUACUGUAUAAUAUUCACAUCCUUUUCUUGGCUGUCCCAGAUGACUAGUCCUCUCACCCACUGGUCCUCCAGCUCAUGGAUAUGGCCAAGAGACUCUGGACUUGGCAGGUUCUGUGACUGUCACCUGGCACUGGGACUGGCAGGACAUGCUGGUGUCUUAACCUGGCGUGGGAGGCGUUGCUCAGGGGACAGUGUCUCUCCAUGCUGCAGGGAGCCAGGGUUCUCUUCCUGCUUUGCUGCCUGGCAUUUCUGUGGUCCUCAGGAAAUGCAAAGCAUGAGGAUCAAUGCAGAGACCCCAGAGCUCCCCAGAGCUUCUAGGGUGGCUCCUCCCUGUGUCAGUGCGACGCACCCUGCAAGCACCCCCCGGCAGAGCAAAGCUCUUACUUUGGGUUUGUCCUAGACAAGCAUCCAGACGUCUGCAUUGUUUGAGGUUUGCCCAUCCCUGCUCCGUUCCCUUCCCGGUAUGUCCAUCAUACAGGCUGAAUGCUUCAUUAAUUGUUUCCAUUUGAUAGGGAAGAGCAUGAGCAGCCGCCAGUGACGCAGCUCAGCGCGUGUCGGGAGCGCUGCGCCCGGUUUCCCACCCGGCUCCUGCUGCCGGGGGCUGCUCCGCAGGGAGCUUCACAGAGGGAGGUGUUGGCUGGAGCAGGUCUGAACUCUCACACUGUCAUGCUUCCUUUCACGAGGGCGUUUCGCACAGGCAUUUCCUCGGCACGGCAGGGAUCUGUGGUGCAGACUUGCACUUCCCAGGGCAGCCAGGUCCCAUCAGGAAUGGGGGGCUCAGCGGGCAGGCCAGCUCGCCCACCCAGCGUCUCCCGUGCCCCUGCGGCAGCACCUUCAGGUACAGGGGGUGAAGAGUGCUGGGGGGCAGAGCCCCCCUGGGGCCUGUGAGUGCGGAGCAGACCUGGGGGAGCAGGAACCCCCUCCACCUGCUGUUGGAGAGGCUCAUUCAGGACGUCUGACCUAUCUUGGUGGAGUUUUCUUGCUCGGCUUUACCAUCGCCAUGCAUGGUUGCCUUGGGCACAGAGCGCCCUGGGGCAGAGGGAGCCCAGCAGAGCCACCCUGGGGGGCAUGGAGACAGACCUGCAGCUCCAGUGGGGUCUCAGCUCUUCCCCCAUAAGACAAGUAUUCCUGCCAAAGGGCAAGGUCAGCUAUGGAAACCACUGGAGCAAAGGGUUGAGGAAAAGCCCUAGCAAUGACCUAGUAGCUGGGACUGCUUUGCCUAGGCUCAGAUAGCAAAGACAAAGGGCCUGUUAGCUCCUGUUUAUUCUUUUGUAGCCUUUGCCUUUUCCUCCUACAAAUCCUCCCUAAAGGAGACACUGUAAUUUAUUAGCCCCGUGCACUACUAACAGCCCAAAUCUAAGAUAACCCCUUUGUUCCACUGCAUUUAGUGAAUAUUUGAUUCCUAUUCAGGAGGGUGAUAAUGUGUGUAAAUAUUUGGUGUCCCACUGAGCAAAAUUUGGUUUACAAGCUCCAGUUGCUGCUGCACUUGCACGUGUCAAGCUGGCAGAGCCCCAGCUCCUGGUCUCCCAAAGCCCUUCUGGGGGCAAACAGGAGCUGCAGGUUGGCAGCGAUUCGAGCCCAGAACUAACUCCCCCUUCUCCAUCUCCUGGAUGGUGUUAUGGUCCUCCUGAGGACCGUGGGGUCCAGCUGGGUUUGUGAGGAUCAAGAUCCCUCAGAUAACCCCAGUGUGUGAAGCCCUGGGUGGAGCUGUGCCCUGCUCCUCCCUUCCUGCAGGGGAGGAACCCUGGCUGCCCAUGCCAUCGCUCCUGGCUCCAGCAGCUCAUCCUGGGGCAGCCUUGCCCCAGCUUUUGGAGCCCCAGCUGUCUCCCAGGUUGGAUUUUUAAAUUAGUGCUAAUGAAAAUGCUGGGAAUGCCUGUGGCUCCAGCAUAUUUUAUUUUUUGUUUCAUUCUGUGGGUUCUCCCAUCCCUGGCUUAGCAGAGUCGCUGGCGCUCUGUGCACACGGGGAGGUUUGGACAAAAGGAAACUCUUGUUUUGUCUUCCAGACAUUUUUGUCUUGCAAUUUCUUUUUUUUUUUUUUUUUUUACCAGUUCUGGUGGAAAAUGGAGUUUUGGCUGUGCCCUCAGGAGAGGCUGUAUUCUUUCAUGCCUCCAGCUGGUAGCUAGCUAAAGAAAUGUAAGUAAUGAAUGUGUAAAGCGAGGUCUGAGUACAGGACAACAAUAAAACUUACAGGCAGAGCAACUUAAUUUCACCCUCUCCAGACACACAUGCACACGCCUUUCCUGGCCCAGCCCGUGGCCAGAUCCUUAUUAACAUUUUAAAUAACAAAACUACAUUGUAUAUUGGAGGCUAAGGACAAAAGAAGUGGCUUUUGGUUUUUUCCCCUCUCCCUCACUCAUGGUGAAAAAAAGUAAUAAAAAAAAAUAGAAGGCCAUUUUCCCAAGCUUCUCAGAUGUUUUGUUUGUUUGUUUCCCAUGACGUUUCUUCAGUCAGAAGUUAGGUGAGCAUGAAAUGGGAGCCCAGAGCUCCCAGGAGCAGGGUAGGAACAGGGGGGUGGGAAAAUGUUAGAGAAUUAUUCUAACCCGCUGGAAUGAGUGAUGUAAGAGAGUUAAUGUGUGUGUCCCAGGGCACAGGGAAGGGCCAGGAGCUGGGGUGGGAGCCUGCCUGGCCUUAGGUGGCCAAACCCUGUUGUCACCAGAGCAAACCUGGUCCCUUGCAGCCACACCAGCCCGGGAGGGCUGAGCGGGUCCUGCAAGCACCUCUGGGUCUUGAUCCUGAAAUAACCUGGGUUACAAGUGACAUGAUCUCACCUGCCAAGAGCUGUGGCCCUGCCUGGCCCUGCUGCUCCAGCUCUGCACACCACUGUCCUGUGUACACACAGAAACACGCUUGGAUUGUCCCCUCAGCACCCUAGUGUCUGGGCACAAACACUUUGAAACCCGCUUUCUGGUUCCUUCGUUGCCUUCUUUCAUCCUCAGCUUGUCCUACAGCAGCAAAAAUAGAUCCAAGUGGCCAGGAUACACAUACUGUGAAUGUUCUCUGGUGUGAUUCAUUUGCAGAAUACCAAUAAUAUAUUUAACUCGUGUUGUACAAACGAAAGAUGCAUUUUAAAAGCAAUGAUUUUAAAGAUUUAUUCCAAAAGAAGCAAUGAUUUUUCUAUAGGAAGUUUUUCUGGAAUAAAUGGAAAGGUACAAAAAGAAUUUAAAAAAUAAUAAAAGAUUGUAUCCAUCUGUCAAUCUCAUGUCUGAAUGUUUUAUAAGAAUAUUUCAAUUUUUGCAUUUCAGAUGUGACAUGGACUGUUUUGUGGAUGUGCUCACUUUAUUGCCAAGGCUCCUAUUACAUCUGUAUGGUGCACUCUCCAAAGCCAAGACUGGACAAUAAACUUUAUUGAACACAGGA